GAUUGUCGUCUCUUUACAUAGACACGGCAGAAAGUUGUAUCAGGCCUCUGUUUCGGCGGAGAUGGAGGCGGCGCCACUUCUGGGCGACAGCAGCAGCGGAGGAGACUAUGCUCCGGCGAGGAACUUUGAGCAGUUCAAGCAUGUCGUGUGGAGUGAGACGGUGAAGACUUGGACCAUCUCCGGUCCGGUCAUUUUUCAGAUCGUUUGUCAAUAUGGAACCAACUCUGUUACCAAUAUCUUUGUGGGUCAACUCGGGGAGCUUGAGCUCUCUGGAGUUUCCAUUGCCAUCUCUGUGAUUGCCACUUUCGCUUUCGGUUUCAUGUUUGGAAUGGGAAGUGCAACAGAAACACUGUGCGGCCAAGCAUUUGGGGCUGGACAAAUCCACAUGCUGGGUGUGUAUAUGCAGAGAUCAUGGGUCAUAAUGUUCGUAUGUGCCUUAAUAAUCACACCAGUCUAUGUCUUUGCCACUCCCAUUUUGAAGCUUUUGGGGCAACAAGAUGAUGUCGCAGAACUGGCUGGGAAUUUCUCUCUGCUCAUACUCCCACAGCUGUUCUCCUUUGUGUUGGCUUUUCCAACCCAGAAGUUUCUGCAGGCACAGAGCAAAGUGUGGGCGUUGGCCUGGAUUGGCUUUGGGGCUCUUCUGGCUCAUGUUUUCAUGUUGUGGCUGUUCAUUUUUGAGUUCGGUUGGAGCACCACUGGGGCUGGUCUGGCUUUGAACAUCUCUGGGUGGGGGCUUUCCAUUGCUCAAGUAAUUUAUGUGAUGGGUUGGUGUAGAGAUGCUUGGCAGGGAUUCUCUUGGUUGGCUUUUAAGGACUUGUGGGGAUUUGUUAAGCUCUCGUUUUCCUCUGCUAUUAUGUUCUGCUUGGAGAUUUGGUACAUGAGUAGUAUCAUUGUUCUUGCUGGCCACCUUCCAAAUGCUGUCAUUUCUGUUGAUUCACUCUCCAUUUGCAUGAACUUGAACGGAUGGGAAAAUAUCAUUUUCAUUGGAAUCAAUGUCGCCAUGAGUGUUAGGGUCUCCAAUGAACUUGGAAAGGCACGGCCUCGAGCUGCGAAGUACUCGGUCUAUGUGACAAUCGCAGAAUCUCUUAUUCUGGGGCUUCUUUUUAUGGUGCUGAUAUUCUUUGUAAAGGAUCAUUUUGCUGUCAUCUUUACAAGCAGUGUAGCUGUGCAGAAAUAUGUUGCCAAAUUAGCCUAUCUUCUUGGCAUAACCAUGGUUCUCAACAGUGUCCAACCAGUAAUAUCAGGUGUGGCCAUUGGAGCUGGAUGGCAAGCAUUGGUGGCUUACAUAAACUUAGGCUGCUACUACAUUUUUGGUCUCCCUCUCGGGAUUGUCUUAGGUUACGUAGCAAAGUUUGGAGUGAAGGGGCUUUGGAGCGGAAUGAUAGCCGGGAUAGCAAUGCAGACGAUUCUGCUGCUGCUUGUUCUGUACAAAACCAACUGGAAUAAAGAGGUAGGAGAAACCAAAUGUUUUACUUUUUCUUUUUUGUUUUUUGGGUGUUGUAGGGAAGGAAGGAAGGUCGGAGCAGUUUUAAUGGCGAAUUGUUGAAUGAUUAUUGCAGGUGGAGGAAACUUCAGGAAGGAUGCAGAAAUGGACUGGACAGGACAUUGGAACAGAGAGGAGAGCUGAAAGCUAAAAGAAGUGCCAUUGGGGAUGUCUCCAUCCACAACUGCUGCAACCUUUGUUUUUCUUUCUUUUUUCUGUGUUUUUGGCUGAGCACUUCUUCAUUUCGUUUUUAAGUUGUAGGGGUUGUAAAAAACUCGGCAAUUUCUGAUCUUGACACAAAUAAUAUGGGUUAGGUUGGAAUGUUUAGAUUGAUUUUUAAGUGUUUA